UUGUUGAGCACCUACUGCUUGCCAGCUGACAUCAGUCUGGCCUCCUGGGGACGCAAGGCCCUGGACAUCGCGGAGAAUGAGAUGCCGGGCCUGAUGCGCAUGCGGGAGAUGUACUCGGCCUCCAAACCACUAAAGGGCGCCCGCAUCGCUGGCUGCCUGCACAUGACCAUUGAGACAGCUGUGCUCAUUGAGACCCUCAUCGCCCUAGGUGCUGAGGUGCAGUGGUCCAGCUGCAACAUCUUCUCCACCCAGGACCAUGCAGCAGCUGCCAUUGCCAAGGCCGGCAUUCCAGUGUACGCCUGGAAGGGCGAAACAGAUGAGGAGUACCUGUGGUGCAUUGAGCAGACACUGUACUUCAAGGAUGGGCCCCUCAACAUGAUUCUGGAUGAUGGUGGCGACCUCACCAACCUCGUCCACACCAAGUACCCACAGCUGCUGUCGGGCAUCCGAGGCAUCUCCGAGGAGACCACAACAGGAGUCCACAACCUAUACAAGAUGAUGGCCAAUGGAGUCCUGAAGGUGCCGGCCAUCAAUGUCAACGAUUCUGUCACCAAGAGCAAGUUUGACAACCUCUAUGGCUGCCGGGAGUCCCUCAUAGAUGGCAUCAAGCGGGCCACAGACGUGAUGAUUGCGGGCAAGGUGGCGGUGGUAGCAGGCUAUGGCGACGUGGGCAAGGGCUGUGCCCAGGCCCUGAGGGGUUUUGGGGCCCGAGUUAUCAUCACCGAGAUUGACCCCAUCAACGCACUGCAGGCCGCCAUGGAGGGCUAUGAGGUGACCACCAUGGACGAGGCCUGUCAAGAGGGCAACAUCUUUGUCACUACCACGGGCUGUAUUGACAUCAUUCUCGGCCGGCACUUUGAGAAGAUGAAGGAUGACGCCAUUGUGUGUAACAUUGGACACUUUGACGUAGAGAUUGAUGUCAAGUGGUUGAAUGAGAACGCUGUGGAGAAGGUGAACAUCAAGCCCCAGGUGGACCGCUACUGGCUGAAGAACGGGCGCCGCAUCAUUGUGCUGGCCGAGGGCCGCCUGGUCAACCUAGGCUGUGCCAUGGGCCACCCCAGCUUCGUGAUGAGCAACUCCUUCACCAACCAGGUGCUGGCACAGAUUGAACUGUGGACCCAUCCGGAUAAGUACCCCAUCGGGGUCCACUUCCUGCCCAAGAAGCUGGACGAAGCAGUAGCUGAAGCCCACCUGAGCAAGCUGAAUGUGAAGCUGACCAAGCUGACCGAGAAGCAGGUCAAGUACUUGGGCAUACCCCGUGAUGGCCCCUUCAAGCCAGAUCACUACCGCUACUGAGAACCAAGCCUGCCCUUUUUUGCCCUCCAGCUGCUGUCCUUGCCCAGGUCCCAUUUCUCCUCCCCUAGAGCAAAUGGUGCCAAUUUUGAGAAUGGUUUGUUAAUGUCCCCCAUCAGCUCCCUAGGGCUGGUCACUCAGUCUUUGGCCUCUGCUGCAUCUCUCAUACUCUUCCAAGGGGAGCAGGGGGGGAUUGAGAAGCCCCCGCCUCAGGCCCUGGUCACAGUGAAGGUACAUGGGAGAUGCCCACAGGGAACCAUGAGCUCGGGGGCCUUGGAACUGCUCGUUCAGUCAUUCCUUCUUUAGGCUGGAAGUUGGCAGUGGUGGUCAGAAGCUCAUGCACUUUACCUUCUAGGUCCUCACCUGGCCUAUGGAUGUUAUACUCAUGUUCUUGGUUUUCAGGUUCACUGGUUGGUUCCUCAGCCCAUGACAGAUGAGAAUGAGCUAUAUCAAUGGGUGGGGAGGAACUGUUGGAGUUUGAAUGCUCAUGAGAUCCUGGCUUAGUGAUGGGCAUUCUCUUAAACCUCAGAAUAAUGAGGUUGGUACUUUCAGUCCCUAUUUUACAGGGGUUAUAGAGUAUACUGUUAGGGGACAGCCAAGAAAGGACAAGUGACAGCCAGAGGUUGAGAGGGGCCAGGGAAUCUUAAAAGCAGGCAUAGAUCUGUCACCACUUUGUAACAUGAUGGUUCCUACCACAACCCUGGGUCAAAAAGAGUUAUUUGGUUUAAAAUGUUUAUAUAAUGCUCAUAGUGUUAAAAGAGAGCAGGAAGGUAGGUAAAUAAAAAUUUUGGUGCCUAAAAGAA